AUGACGCUCUUCAUCCUCAGCGAGACGUCGGCGGGAUACGCACUUUUCAAGGCCAAGGACAAGAAGCUGCUCAAGCGCGAUGAUAUUGCUACAGAGGCUGCCACCGCCGAGGGCGCAUGUUCGCUGCUCAAGAUGAAGGAGUUUCACAAGUUCGAGAGUGCUGCAGCUGCGUUGGAAGAAGCCGCGGCGUUGACAGAGGGAAAGGUCACGCCAACCCUCGCCAACAUGCUCAAUUCGAUCAAGGACGAGAAGAAAGUUUCACUCGCUGUCGCCGACCCAAAGCUGGGCAAUGCGAUUGGCAAGUUGCCAGGCCUUCAGAUCACACCCGUUUCUGAUUCCAGCACUGCCGAUGUCUUCCGUGCCAUUCGCGAACAUCUCUCCUCCCUCAUCCCAGGUCUCAUGCCUGAGGACCUUGGAACCAUGUCGCUUGGUCUCUCACACAGCUUGUCGCGACACAAAUUGAAGUUCUCGCCGGAUAAGGUGGACACCAUGAUCAUUCAAGCCAUUGCUCUUCUUGAUGACCUAGACAAGGAGCUGAACACAUACGCCAUGCGAGUGAAGGAAUGGUACGGAUGGCAUUUCCCAGAGUUGGCCAAGAUCAUCAACGACAACCUUGCAUACUCGCGACUCAUCCUAGCCAUGGGCAUGCGAUCGAACGCAUCCAGCACGGACAUGUCCGACAUUCUCCCAGAAGAGAUUGAGACAUCGGUCAAAGGCGCGGCUGAGAUCUCUAUGGGUACCGAGAUCACGGAUGAGGACUUGGAGAACAUUCAGGCACUUGCUGAACAAGUCGUGGGAUUCACCGAGUACAGAGCACAGCUUUCGUCAUAUCUUUCCGCACGCAUGCAGGCCAUUGCACCCAACCUGACCGCGCUUGUCGGCGAGCUUGUUGGAGCACGACUGAUCGCACACGCCGGAUCUUUGAUGAACCUCGCAAAAUCACCUGCCUCUACAAUACAAAUUCUUGGCGCUGAGAAGGCACUUUUCCGCGCUCUCAAGACUAAGCACGACACACCAAAGUAUGGUCUUAUCUACCAUGCAUCUCUCAUUGGGCAGGCUUCUGGCAAGAACAAGGGUAAGAUUGCCCGUAUGCUUGCAACGAAGUCAACGCUUGGUCUGCGUGUCGAUGCACUGAGUGAUUGGGGUCAGAUCGGUGAGGGCGAGAAGGAGGAGCCAUCUGAGGAAGAGAAGUCGGCGAUCGGUGUUGCAGGUCGCGCAAUGGUCGAGCGAAGGUUGGCAGCACUUGAAGGCAAGCCUAUCAGAGCGAACAACGUUGCUAUUGGACCUCAAGGUCAGCAGCAGCCUGGCAAGUGGUCAAUCAAGGAGGCUCGGAAAUACAACCCAGAUGCGGAUGCCAUCCCAGCAGACGCCCAGCCAGGGCUUACAAACGGCGAGCCGUCAUCGAGUAAGAAGCGGAAGCUGGUCGAGGAGCUUGAUGUGACUGCUGCCGCCGAGGAAGAUGACGAAGAAGACGAUGAAGAAGGUGAGACCACCGUCGCAACCAUCAACGGCGACUCAAAGAAGAAGGGCGAGACCUCAGAAGAGCGCGCUGCACGAAAAGCCGCAAAGGCCGCAAAGAAGGCCGAGAAGGCAGCAAAGAAGGCCAAGAAAGCAGAAAAGGAAGCCAAGAAAGAAAAAGACAGCAGCAAGAAGCGAAAAGCCGACAACGAAGAAGAGCCCAAGAAGAAGAAGCCCAAGAAGAGCAAGGAGUAG